AGAGAUAGAAGUACCAUUAAGUCGUGGGAUUGAUUUUUUUCUAAUAAUAAAAAAAUAAACUAUACUAAUUUAAUUUUGGUUAUAACCAAAAUUAGACUCAAACUAACCUAUGAAUACCCCUUCACAGCCAUCAAAGAAACAAAUUAGCUUGGCGGGAAAAUCCACCAGUUUCCUACCAUCUCUUCUCAACUGAACAAAAAGGGGUAUUAUGGACAAAUAUUUGGUUCCUUCAGAUCCUUCUCCCAUAAACCCCAAACCCACUAAGAGGUCGCAAUGGAAGAGAAGUCUAUUGGAAUUGAAUGGAAGAUUUGAUCAGAAGUAUCAGCAUGAUGUUUAUGGGUUACUCAUGCAAUCUUAUUCUGAGGUUAUGGCAUUACCCCAUACUUAUCACAUCAAUGGAGUGCCUUGUCCAACACAUGUGAACUGGUUUCUUGGUGGUGUUGAAAAUCCGUUUGGCGGAGAUGGUAUCUCAGCUUUGGAAUUCGAUAAAAAGGGCAUAUAUCUAGCAUCAGUGACUAAAUCGGGUUGCUUAACUGUGCAUGACUACGAGAGUCUCUGUUGUAAUGGUUCAAAAGAAGAUGAAACAAAGCAGUUGCUGCACAUUUCUACUGGUCAACAACUUGAUGUUGUCCGAUGGAAUGUUUCCAACCAAAAUGAGGUUGCUUGCACAUCUAUGAAAAGUUCAGAAGUACGUAUAUUUGACAUUGGUUAUGUAUCUUCAGAACCUGUUGAAGUGUUAAGGAAAAGGCAUACUAUCUCCGUUCAUGGGUAUAAUGCUCAUAAAGGUUUCACUGAUAUAGCAUUUUGUUCCCAUGAUGACUCAAGGUUACUUGCUUCUGAUGUCUCUGGUGUUAUAAAUAUAUGGGAUAGAAGAGUCGGGGGUCUUCCAUGUCUUGAGCUAGCAACCAAUUCUAGUAGUCCUCUUAACAGUGUCAAAUUGAAUGCAGAUAAUCAGGUUAUUUUUGGAGCUAGCAAGCAGGGAACUAUUUACAUGUGGGAUAUUCGUGGUGGAAGAUCGUCUGCAGCUUUCCAGAAUAACAGAGUGGUAAGUUAUGCUCCUAUAACAGCAGUUAAAUUGGCAUCUGAGCUAGAGAGAAUUGAUUCGUUGAAGGCUCAGUCAAAUAUAGUUUCGAACGAAAUACACUCCAUUGAUAUAAAUCCAUCUUGCCAAUAUCAACUAGCAUUUCAUCUUGACGAUGGUUGGUCAGGCGUUUUGGAUGUUCAUAGUUUGAAAGUCACACAUAUUCAUUGUCCUCCUCCACCUUGGUUGGAUGUCCUUGAUUUGGAUAGCGUACAUUGUUUACGGAAACCUUCAUGGCUGCCAGCAUAUUCGAUUUAUGUGGUUGGAUCAUCGUCAAGUAAAGGGCUCUUUCUUUUGGAUUUCUAUCCAGAUCGUAGCUCCCCUAGCCAUGUGGAUUUCAAUGAGGAGAUGCAAGAGCUUUACGGAGUAAAGAGCCAGCAUAAGCAAAAUCAAUUCAUUCCAACAACUGAAGGUGUUACUGCAUGUAUUGCUCAUCCCUCGAGUGGAACCAUUGUGGUUGGAACCAAGUGUUCCAAGUCUUCAGGUACUUCUUGUUCAAUCCCUUUCUUUUCCAGCCAUGCAGUAGCUGAAGUGGAGUUGGUCAUGGACCAGCUAAGGGCCAAAAAUUGCAAAAAGACAUGCACCAAAGCUGAUAUAUGACCUUGCAAUGCAUACAAAGAUGGCAGAUGUCUUCAGGAUAUUCUUCACAUAUGUGGCAGACUGUUUUACACCAUUUAAUUUAUUAUGUCUUUUAUAUACCACUUUCACAAGUUUCAAGAAAUUCAAAUAAUUAAUCAAAUUCAAAAUUUGAUGUUAUGUUUUCUCUAUUGGCAACCUUUGGUCAAUCUUUAUUUUAUUGUUUACUUCUACUAUUAGAUACAUAAUACACAAGUCAAAAUGCUAUUUUAAGGACAAUGAGGAUGCUAAAUGGCCAUCCAACCUAGGAGGUGAGGGGCAGUGGGCUGUAGGUUUCACUCCUGCCACCUUUCUUCAGUUUCUUGUGAAUUUUCCUGUGAUUUUUCAGAUGCAGUUCCGUUGGAGGCAGCCAGUGCCCUUAACUGUUUUGUCUAUACGAAAAUAGAACCUCCAUCUUUAUAGUCAAAGCCUAAGUCACUCUGAGACUCUGUUUCGAAGGGAUUUUAAUUUUUAGAAGUGAAUACAAUUUUGAAAUGCUUGUUGUCUCUGGGAACCUCUUACAAUCAUUGUCUAAUUUAUUGCCUAUCUUGUUAAGACAAUGCUUUUCUCUGAACAGCAUGCUGAAAAACAUGUAAUUAAUAGAAGCAUACAUACCAAUUUGAUGCCAAUUUUUGUUCUAAC